CUAACCACCUUUCACCCUUGUUUUCCAACAUGGCCUGUCUGUAAAAGAGAUUAUGGCUAGUUUAUCUUUUAUUGUAAUGCACUGCAGUAACUGUUGGACGUUAUGAGUUAUGUUGAUAAUAUACCCCAAAGCGAUCGCUUAAAGACCGUUUUUAAUGUGCCAUUUUGCUGAUCACUAGUUAAUCUCAUCAUGACUUCCAUCAUCAAGCUGACUGCCAUCUCAGGGGUGCAUGAUGAGUCAGCCCUCUGUUACCUGUUGCAGGUAGACGAGUUUAGAUUUCUUUUGGAUUGUGGCUGGGAUGAAAGCUUCAGCAUGGAAUUUAUUGAAGCUCUAAAAAGGUAUGUCCAACAGAUUGAUGCAGUUCUACUCUCUCAUCCGGACCCUUUACAUCUUGGAGCCCUCCCAUAUGCAGUUGGAAGACUGGGAUUAAAUUGCUACAUUUAUGCCACCAUUCCAGUAUACAAAAUGGGUCAAAUGUUUAUGUAUGAUCUUUAUCAGUCUCGCCAUAACACUGAAGAUUUCAACUUGUUUACGCUUGAUGAUGUGGAUGCAGCAUUUGACAAGAUACAGCAACUAAAGUUUUCUCAGAUUGUAAACCUGAAAGGUAAAGGACAUGGUCUUUCUAUCACACCCUUGCCUGCUGGUCACAUGAUAGGUGGGACAAUCUGGAAAAUUGUGAAAGAUGGAGAAGAAGAAAUAAUAUAUGCGGUUGACUUCAACCACAAACGAGAAAUCCACUUGAAUGGAUGCUCUUUGGAGAUGAUAAAUAGACCAUCACUGCUUAUCACAGACUCUUUCAAUGCUAAAUACAUGCAACCCAGAAGAAAACAGAGAGACGAGCAACUGCUAACGAAUGUCCUGGAGACACUUCGAGCUGAUGGGAAUGUAUUAAUAGCUGUGGAUACUGCUGGUAGAGUUCUGGAAUUAGCUCAGCUGCUGGACCAGAUUUGGAGAACAAAGGAUGCGGGGCUUGGUGUCUACUCUCUAGCUUUACUAAACAAUGUCAGCUACAAUGUAGUGGAGUUUUCUAAAUCACAGGUGGAGUGGAUGAGUGACAAGCUGAUGAGGUGCUUUGAAGACAAAAGAAACAAUCCCUUCCAGUUCCGCCAUCUUUCAUUGUGCCACAGUCUGUCAGACCUCUCCAGGGUGCCUAGCCCGAAGGUAGUCCUUGCAAGCCAGCCUGACUUGGAAUGUGGCUUUUCACGAGAACUCUUCAUUCAAUGGUGUCAGGAUACUAAAAAUUCUAUCAUCCUAACUUGUAGGACAACACGUGGCACACUUGCUAGAUACCUGAUUGAUAACCCCAAUGAAAAGAUUGUAGAUUUAGAGUUAAGAAAACGUGUGAAAUUGGAGGGGAAAGAACUUGAAGAAUACCUAGACAAAGAGAAGUCAAAGAAAGAUCAAUCCAAAAAACUGGAACAACAUAAGGAAGCAGACGUUGAUUCCAGUGAUGAAAGUGAUGGCGAUGAUGAUACUGAUCAGCCGUCAGCACAUAAAACUAAGAGAGAUCUUAUGAUGAAGAGUGAAAGCAGUCGGAAAGGAAGUUUCUUCAAGCAAGCUAAAAAGUCCUAUCCAAUGUUUCCAGCCACGGAAGAAAGGAUCAAGUGGGAUGAAUAUGGAGAAAUUAUUAAGCCUGAAGACCUUUUGAUACCUGAGCUUCAAGCAACUGAAGAAGAAAAAAGCAAACUGGAAUCUGGUCUAAGUAAUGGGGAGGAGCCAAUGGAUCAAGAUUUGUCUGAUGUUCCUACAAAAUGUAUUGUAGCAAUGGAGCCCAUAGAAAUCAAAGCCAGAGUGACGUAUAUUGACUAUGAGGGGCGUUCAGAUGGUGACUCUGUCAAAAAGAUCAUUAACCAGAUGAAGCCUCGGCAGCUUGUAAUUGUACAUGGACCCCCUGAAGCCAGCUAUGACUUGGCAGAGGCUUGUAGAGCUUUUGGUGGAAAAGAAAUCAAAGUUUACACUCCAAAGUUGCUUGAAACCAUAGAUGCUACCAGCGAGACGCAUAUCUAUCAGGUUCGACUGAAAGACUCUCUAGUCAGUUCUCUUCAGUUUUGCAAAGCCAAAGAUACUGAACUUGCUUGGAUUGAUGGUGUAUUGGAUAUGAGGGUGGUAAAGGUCGAUCUAGGAGUAAUUGUGGAAACUGGUGAGACAAAGGAGGAUGGAGAAGAAGGGGAAAUUGAGGCUGAUGCUCCUUCUACUGAAUCGAGUGUUAUAACUCAACAAAAGGCAAUGAAGACCCUGUUUGGAGAAGAUGAAAUGGAAAUUGAAGAUAGUGAUAUCAUUCCCACACUGGAGCCACUGCCACCACAAGAGGUUUGAAAACAGAUGUUCUAC